GGAGCGUGCUGCUGUACACUGGGCCAGCUAACACUGGUGUGUCUGUGUGUGUCCUGUGCCAGAGUGACUGAUGAGAAACAGUAGUCAAGUCUGGAGGGUGAUUCCCUGUCGGUUCACUUGCCUAUCAGUUGCAGGGAAAAUUAGAAGCCUUGCUAUUCUCCGCUCACUAUAAUGGGCUGCAAUCUGUGCUCUUUACAGAAAAAAGAAGAACACUACAAACUGCUCUAUGAAAUAGCUCAGGUCAAUGGGAGGGAUCUGUUGAAGGCCACGCACGAGGAAGCUGUAGGAGCCUUUCGCAGUGCCAAGGAACCAAUUGUAGUUCAAGUUUUAAGAAGAGCUCCCAUCACAAAGAAUCAUGGGACAUCUCAGGAAAUCCAUCUGGUGGAUGUUUGCACUCAGACGGACAUUACUUUUGAACACAUUAUGGCUCUCUCCAAGUUAAGGCCAUCGACUCCUCCUGUACCUGACAUCUGCCCCUUCCUGCUUUCUGACAGCUGUCACUCACUACAUCCAAUGGAGCAUGAAUAUUAUGAAGGAAAUGAGUUUCUCUCGAGCAUGCCUGCUGAUGCAGACCAGACACAGGAGUUUGAGUAUGAGGAAGUUGAACUGUGCCGUGUCAACAGCCAGGAGAAGCUUGGACUUACCUUGUGCUAUAGGACUGAUGAUGAAGAGGAUAUGAGCAUCUAUGUUAGUGAGGUUGGGCCAAACAGCAUUGCUGCCAGAGAUGGUCGUAUCAAAGAAGGGGAUCGAAUUUUACAGAUAAAUGGUCAUGACGUCCAGAAUCGCGAGGAAGCAGUGGCAUUACUCUCAAGUGAAGACUGCCGAAAUAUUGUGCUGCUGGUUGCCAGACCAGAAAUACAGCUGGACGAAGGCUGGCUGGAUGAUGAGAGAAAUGAAUUCUUAGAAGAGCUGAACAUGGAGAUGUUGGAGGAACAACACCACGAAGCAAUGCAAUAUACAGCCAGCGAACUGGAGCAGCCAAAGAAAAGUGAGGAAGACGGUGGAACGACAGACACAGCCACCACCUCUUCCAACACCCAGGAGAAGGACAGCGGGGUGGGCCGCACUGAUGACAGUCUGCGCAAUGACGAGAGCUCUGAGCAGGAGAACCAGAGGGACAGCCAAAAGCAAUUUUCGCUGCAGGACAAACGAGAGCUGGGCCAGAGUCAGGACACGCUGGUGAGCAAUGAGAUGCCGUGUAACGGGAGCUUUGUGUCUGGUGAAUAUAUCGACUCAGACUGCACUGCAGCCCAGGACGAGGACUGCGAGAGGUUCCGCCAGCUGCUGGAGCUCAAAUGUAAGAUAAGAAACAGCGGCGAGUGUGACCUUUACUACAGCCGCAGCAGUACCAUCGAAUGCAGCCUCAAGGAACCAAAUGGGGUAGAACGGGAGCUACAGCUGCUCAACGAAGAGCUUCGUAACAUUGAGCUGGAGUGCCAGAAUAUCAUGCAGGCUCACAAGCAUCAAAAUGCAAGGGGUCAAUAUGCCGAUGUCUGGUCAAUCGAAGAAGAAGGCUAUCGAGAUUAUAACACCAGUGAUGACUUGCAGAGAGCUAAGCUAGCGGAUAUCAUAGAGCAUCCAGAAAAAUCGGACAAGGACAGCUCCAGUGCAUACAACACGGCAGAGAGCUGUCGCAGUACGCCACUGAAGGUGGGUCGCUCACCAGAUAACUCCUUGCAGCGAAUGAUCAACAUUACGAACAAGAAGAACCUGAGGAGUACCAUUGCAGCACAACAAAUGACUGCCAGACAAGACAGCAAAGAGGCAUGUCUGGCUAAAACUAAAAGUUCAGACAAUUCAGCAGAGCAGCAGGAUAAUGCACCUGAAAGCAACAAACUUACUGAGCGUGAGAGGUCCAGUGUUCCACAGAUUCCGUAUCUUUCACCAUGCCACAGUUCCCAGUACAGACAUACCAAUAUACCCACUCAUGCCAGGCACUACCAGAGCUACAUGCAUCUCAUCCAGCAGAAAUCUGCUGUGGAGUACGCCCAGAGCCAACUUAGCAUUGUGAGCAUGUGCAAAGACUUGCAGAAGUCUGCGGAGCCUAAAAUGGAGUGGAAGGUCAAAGUCCGUAGUGACGGGACGAGAUACAUCACAAAGAGGCCAGUGAGGGACAAAAUUCUUAAAGAGCGUGCCUUGAAGAUCAAAGAGGAGCGCAGCGGAAUGACGACAGAUGACGACACAAUGAGUGAGAUGAAGAUGGGCAGGUACUGGAGCAAGGAGGAGAGGAAGCAGCACUUGAUGAGGGCCAAAGAGCAGAGGAGACGACGGGAGUUCAUGAUGCGCAGCAGACUGGACUGCCUCAAGGAAAGCCCUCAAAGUGGCAGCGAAGGGAAAAAGGAAAUAAACAUUAUUGAACUGAGCCAUAAAAAGAUGAUGAAAAAGCGGAAUAAGAAAAUCUUGGACAAUUGGAUGACAAUCCAAGAACUGAUGACCCAUGGGGCCAAGUCUCCCGAGGACCCACAAGUACACAAUGCCUUCUUGUCUGUUACCACUGUAUAAUAUGGACACUACCAAAUUCGGUAGAAUUUAAUUGCCUCGUUCAAUGUGGCAUUUUUUUAAAAAGUUUUUCACAGUUUAUAACCUGAAUACUUUUUAUAAACAAUUUUGUUAACUUCUUUAUUAUGUUUCUUUUUCCUUCAGCUUAAUUUUUUUCUUUAUAACUUUGUGGAAGUUUUUUGUUUGUUUAUUUUUUUUACAAUGCACUCACUACUAAUUCCAUUUACUACUUAACAAAAUAUAACAUGAUAUCACUGUUCUUAAAAUAGUGUAAUUGAAUCCUGGCAAUGUGACUGCCUCAGUUUAAAAGGUGGAGCUUUACAGUAUCUCACCACUGUAGCCACUAGAUAAUUCGAGGUAGCUCCAAACAGGAUUAUUAGUUAGUUCUGGACCAAUUUAGGAUCGAGGAUUACAAUAUAUUAAAAUAUAAAUAUGCAAACAAUGAGCUUUAAAACAAAUCUAUAACAUAAAUCCAACACAAGAGGUCGCAGAAUUUAGUAGAAGUUUGAAACUAGUUCAGGAAAAUUAAUCUUAACUAAUCAGAAAAAUGAAGUGAACCUUCUAGACAAUUACAUUUUCUUAUAUUUGCCUUUGGACCUUAAUAUUUUAAGUCUAUCCACUGGUCAGGCAAGAGCGAUUCUGCCUGUCAUGUUUAUGCAUGUUACAUGCCUCAAUAAAUUUUAAUUUGAAUUCAGUUGUGGGGUUUGUUUGAAAUACUAAAACAAAAAAAAUAACACAGAGUUCUGUAAAGCUUUAAACAUUCAUAUGUAUAAAUAUUCUGCAACAGUUUCCUGCUGGAUUUUAUGUAAUAUAACUUAUUGUUUCUUUAUAUUUUGUAAUCAACCCAAAGGAGGUUCCUUUGUAUUGUAUGGGCUGUAUGUAUAAAAGUUUUUGUUUGUGAAUACCUCUUUUCUUGGUACUUACAUGUUUAAUUUAGGAUUCGGAUAUGUAUAAAUGAUGUUUACUGUUUCGUAUUGUUUUUGUCGUUGUGUAUGCUCAAUCAACAACAGUUAUACUUUUGUGUUCGACAGUUAACCUUCUAUGUGGUUCAGGGGACAGGAUCUAGGGCUCCUCCCCUGUUCUGUCCUGCCAAACUAUUGUCAAUCUCUCAAUUUAAACCCCCAAGUCACACUAUGCUUGCUUCCUAACCUUAGAGGCCAGUCGGUUCGGUCUCACCUGUGCGAGGGUGGCUCAUCGUGAGCCAAAGUGAAACCCUUUCCUCUUUUCUAAGUCAAAAUCAAAGCACUUCUAUUACAAUUCCUGAGGUUCCAUCCCCGCAAAGCUCUUGCUUGUGUCCUGUGAAACUUAAGUUGGAUGUAACAUUUUUUCAUAUCUUCUUCGCAUGUAGCCAAAUAUUUUACACUUCCUCCAUGGUGGUGUAACUACAGGGAUGUUUGGUGGUUUAUUACUUUUAACUAUGUUACUUCCAGAUCAGAGGUUGUUUUUUUUUUUUUUUUUUUUUUUAUUAUUAUUAUUCAUAUAUGUUAUGCUUAUAUGACUGUAUGUGUCGGAUAUUACUCUCUCCCAGCAACUAAUAAUGGGGGCUUGUGUGGCCAAGAUUCCUGUCAACAGGCAGAGACAAAGACAGCCGAGGGUAUUUGGACAGAUCCUCCUGAAAAUGUGUUCAAAAUAUUUGUGGCUUGCUAUGUUUUGCACAAUAUUGCAAUUCAAUCAAGGAUUAUAUCUAUAUCUGAGGAUGAUAUUCAAGCCCCCGUUGACAAAGUAGCACCCAAUCCCUUACACCCCAACAUUCCAACUUUGAAAAAUGACAGAGAGAUACAUGCGUGCCUACACGAUAUAAAAAUAAAAAGACACACACACACAGUAUUCACACAUAAUGGUCCUAUGAGUCAAUAUUAAGUAGUUGUUGGGGUUUUCAUUCAUGGUUGGGUUUAUCAAGGUCCCAGUCAGCAAAAAUCGUAUGCCAUGGCAUUCGUUACAAGGCAAUACAAUACAAACUUGGGAGCGAAGUUCUACUUGAAUACGGAAAUGGUCACGUGUUGAUCACAUACCUCAAUUUGACCUCACGUUAUAUAUGCUAAUAAAGCAAGCUGUUGUAUUAUUUCUUCUUAACUUCUUACAGCGGCCGCUGCUGAAACGUGACAAGUUUAACUAUCACAGAUAACUUAAAAACUCCAUGAUGCAAACAACCUUUACAAAUACAGCGCUAUGUUUUUAAAUAUAAUGCCAAACCAAUACCUUACAUACUGUCCUAUAUACAAACAUUCAGCAAAAUGGUAUUGAAGUGUUUUCUGCUAAGAGUAUAAACUGUUUCAUACACUUCUUCUAAUAGCAUUUCCCCCCUCAAUGACAUUGUACAUUACAACUGUAAAUUGAAACUGUAUUACUCCCAGUCAAGUGUAGGUGGAACAUUUUUCAAUAAUGUGUAGUAGAACUGAUCGUGUAGUCAGGUAAAUAUGUGGUUAUUGUGAAAAUAAAAAUAAAUAAAAUUAUUGUUUACCUUCAAAGAAACCCUAAAGCCAUUUCACAACUUUUCUUCACUGAUUUGUGUUCCCAACAGAUGUAAAGGUUAUGUACUAAACAUUCUUACAAGUGUCUUUUAAUGUCCUGCCAAGAUACUGGUUCCAGAUGUAAUACCAGCUUGCCAGCCUCUUGCUAUUUUUACAUUAGCAUUGGCUAGAAAUUGAUCUUGGAAAGAUCCUGGCAGAGCAGUGACAUUAAUCAAUACUUGAAAUUCAGUAGAUUUUUUUUUUUUUUUGUUUUACUUUUUCAAAUGAGGUUAAUAACAAUGUAAAUCACAGUACCUACUACAAUUGAACAUUUGACUUUUUUUUUUACUUUGCCCAGAUAAGAAAGGACCAGUUAGUGUUGUCUUGCAUUACAACUGAAUUACAGCAAUUAAUGAAUAAAGUAUAAAACAUCUUUUCAAGUGUUAGUGACUAUUGAAAAAUGUAGACACACAGAUUGGUUUAUAACAGGGAUGUCGUGGUUUUUGUUAUAUAUUCAGUUGAUUUCAACUGGCAAUCUGCAGAUUAUUUUUCUUUUCUUUUUUUGUUAAAUCUAAUGUUAUAAAAUAAAUACGACCAUAAAACAAGAUCAUGCACUGUGCAUUCA